AUGCAAUUCCUCAGCCUCGUCCUUAUGGCUACCUCAGCCCUGGCCAUCCCCGCCAAGCUACCCUCCAAGGCCCCAGCACCAACAUGUAUGGAAAAGGGCACAAAGGUUUCUGAGUGGAAACUCACAGACUUUGUCUACAACGUCCAGAAGAGCACAAACACCGCCACAGUCGAGUUUGACCUCCACAACGCCGCCCUCGACUACACGGCCAACUGCUACGGCAAGUCAGUUUCCAAGAAGGCCCUCUUUGACGGCAAGACCGACUACACCUGCAAGGUCCCCAACGGAGCCGAUUCUGCCACCUUCAAGUACAACCACAAGAAGGGCGUCAUCUCCAUCUUCCAGCACUGGGCCUGCGUCCAGGAGGGUGGUUGGUUCGAGGCCAUUGGCAACAGGACCUCUACCGAGACCAAGUCUAACUGCCACUCUACGACCAAGUCCGAGACUUGCACAAAGGCCUCCUUCACCGUCCCCGUUCUCGAGAUGCGCGCCGUCUUGUAA